UCGUGUUUGUCGGCGGCUUGUCUCUUUCCACACGGUCCCUGGGCGGAUGGGCGCUCCCCGUGUGCGCUGGUGCUGAUGCAGACAGACAGAAGCAUCUAACCGGACAUAAACCACAGGAGGUGUUUCAAAGUGAUGCUUUGACAGUUUGAAGGGCUUCCUGAGACUCGUGCCACAGGCAUGGCGGUGCGCUCCGACCCGUUGGGUACGUUUGAGUCCUGGCCUGCAGGCGGUGGCAGUUCUGUGGAAGAGCUGGACGUCAGGAGUUUCCUGGACUCACUGAUGGAGGAGAACAGCACAGCGGAGAGAUGUUAUCGCUCUCACUCGCGCAGCAGCGUCCUGCAAGGCCUGCCCUUCGGAGGAGUCCCCACCGUCCUCGCCAUCAACGUCGUUCUGUGGCUGUUCCUGCUCCUGAUCUUCUCUUGUUUGAGGAAGGCAGCGUGGGACUACGGUCGCCUGGCUCUGCUUAUGGAAAACGACAGCUUGACAUCACUGUUCUAUGGAGAACAAAGUGAGAAGGAGAAAACCCCGUCAGAAUCCAGCGCAUCAGACUCGGAGACCAAGGACAUGGGCUUCUGCUCCUGGCUCACAUCCCUGUACCACAUGAAGGAUGAAGAGAUCCGCAGUAAAUGUGGCAUUGAUGCGAUCACGUACCUGUCUUUCCAGCGUCACAUUAUCCUGCUCAUGACGGUGGUGUGUUUGCUGUCGCUCACCAUCAUCUUGCCUGUCAACCUCUCUGGAAACCUCCUAGGAGAUAACCCACAGAAUUUCGGCCGAACAACAGUGGUUAAUGUUCCUGCACAGAAUGCCUUUCUGUGGCUGCACAGCAUCUUUGCUCUGCUGUAUUUUGUGAUCACAGUGCUGUGCAUGGCCCAUCAUUCCUCGCGACUGGAAUACAGAGAAGAUGCGAAGGUGGCCAGAACUCUAAUGAUAACUUCAGUUCCCAGAGAAAUCUCUGAUCCCGGCCUGAUCACCAAACACCUGCAUGAAGCCUACCCUAGCUGCACCGUCACAGACAUCCGGUUCUGCUUCGAUGUCCAAAAACUGAUGAAGCUGGACUCCGAAAGGCGAAAAGCUAUGAAAGGAAGGCUGUACUUCACAACCAAGUCUCAGAAGGAAGGCAGGAUCAUGAUAAAGACUCACCCCUGUGCACAGAUCUUCUGCUGUGAUAUAUGUGGCUUUGAACAGGUGGAUGCAGAGCAGUAUUACAGUGAACUGGAGGAGAAGCUGACAGAUGAGUUUAAUGCAGAGAAGAACCGUAUCUCUAUGAAGAGGCUGGGCAUUGCCUUUGUUACCUUCAGAGAUGAGAGAAUGACUGCAGUUAUUGUGAAAGACUACAGCCGAGCUCGCUGCCGCCACAGACCCCAGCAGUCCAGCAUUACCACGGUGGUCCGGUCCCAUCAGUGGGGCGUUUCUUACGCCCCGGCCCCUAAUGACAUCAUCUGGGAAAAUCUGUCAGUGUGCGGUUCUCGCUGGUGGCUCCGCUGCGUCCUGCUCAACAUCCUGCUCUUCCUCUUGCUCUUCUUUCUCACGACCCCUGCUAUCAUCGUAAACACCAUGGACAAGUUCAACGUCACCCGGCCAGUAGAAAGCUUAAGGAACCCAGUUAUUACCCAGUUCUUGCCCACCCUGCUCCUGUGGGCCUUUUCCAUUCUCCUGCCCUUCAUUGUGUACUAUUCCUCUUUCUUUGAGCACCACUGGACCAGGUCCGGUGAGAAUCAAGUCACUAUGCAUAAAUGCUUUCUUCUGCUUGUCUUCAUGGUAAUCAUUCUGCCAUCACUGGGUCUCUCCAGCUUGGAUUUGUUCUUCAGGUGGCUCUUUGACAUCCACUUCCUGGAUGAAACAGAUGUGAAGUUUCAAUGUGUGUUUUUGCCUGAUAACGGAGCUUUUUUUGUGAACUACGUGGUCACGUCGAGUCUGAUCGGAACGGUCAUGGAGCUUCUGCGUAUUCCUGCUCUACUGGUGUACUCUGUUCGCCUCUGCUUUGCCAAAUCUAAAGCUGAGCGCAUCCACGUAAAAAGAAGUCAGGCCUAUGAGUUUCAGUUUGGUCUUGAGUAUGCCUGGACCAUGUGCAUAUUUUCAGUCAGCAUGACCUACAGCAUCACCUGCCCCAUCAUUGUUCCUUUUGGGUUGCUGUACCUUGUACUGAAGCACAUGGUAGAUCGCUAUAAUAUCUACUAUGCCUAUUUACCCACAAAGCUCAGCCAGCGGAUCCAUUCGGCCGCCAUCAGUCAAGUGGUGGUGGCGCCCAUUCUUUGUAUGUUCUGGCUGCUGUUCUUCUCUGUGCUCAGACUGGGUCCAGUGCAGCCCAUCACUCUGUUCACAUUCAUAACUCUCUUGUGCUGUAUUGCCUUCUCCUGCUUUGGCUUCUGUCUGAAAAAACUACGACCUGACAGAUCGACAAGCUAUCAGAUGUCUGAUCAGACGACAGAAGGAGGCUUCACUGAUGCAGAAAGAAGCACAGUUUCCACUACAACCACAGCUAAUCUUUUUAUAGCCUCGGUGUUGCUGGAGCCAGAGCUGGGCCUGACUCCCAUGCCCUCUCCUGCCCACCAGAGCUACGGCACCAUGGGGAACAGCCAGAGUUCAGUGCAUGACGCCGAAGGGGUAGAGGAGAAGGAUCUGGAAGAAACUUUGGAAACUGAACUCAAGGAUGAUCCAAAUAUCAGCUGCCCGAGCCCUCUCAUGGAUAGUCCUGUAGGUUUCCAGUGACCAAGCUGCCCCCCGUUCCUACUCCCUAACGCUAAAGCUCCAUGCCUCGUCUUAGCUAAUGGCUGAUAAAGAGGCACUAUGCUGCAAAAUUAGUCCUCUACAACCUCCAUUUAUGAGUAAAAGAAAACAAAUUGCAGCCAUCCAAGCAAACUGCUUCAAAAAGCUUGUUGGGAAUUCACUGACAUGGCGGUUUUAGUUCUGAGGACUUUGAUGAGCUUUCAAAGAAGUAUCUGAAGUGGAUAAAAGCAAAGAUCUAGAAGAACAAGACAAGCCAAUUCUCUUGCUCGGUCUAUGCUUUCUACUUUCUUCUGUAUUGUUCUUUUCUCUUUAAAUGACGUUAAUUUGUGUCCGGCAGUUUGUUUGACUGAAGCUUGGGACAUUGCAUUUGGACAGAUUUUUCAAUGUAUUUUAUAUGCAUAGUCACAUUGUAUAGCUCCAAAGAGUUGAGACAUCCAAAUCUUAUUUGCUUAUUAUUACUCCUUUUGCUGUUGAUUCUGUUUGUGCUUAUUGUUAUUUUUAUUCAGUAUUUGUAUUUUAGCUAUUGUACGUAAUUUUGCAACUAUGUGAGAGGGCGUUGUUAUGUUUUUCCUAUUAUUAGAUUAUUAUUACUGUUAUUAACACCCUCAACCUUUAUUGAUGUGUGCGCCAGAGUCAGUAGCUCCCAAUUAUUGUUUGUUUUGCAGUGACAAUAGCAGUUGUGUUGUGAAUACUGCAGUCAAUUGGCACUACAGUAGAUUUGACAAAGUCAACGAGGCACUCAUUCCAUAAUUUGUUUGCUUUUUUGUAAAGUUCAAUCAGUUGUUUGGUCUGUGGAAGAGAUGUGAGAGGGCAUUCGAAAGUGAACCUUUUCACUGACUAAUAUACAGUCAAAUUUAGCGGACUCCACUUAAUGAACUGGAAAAAGUGCAAAAAACAAUCAGUUUGCAGGAAAAAAAACUAAAAAGAGCUGUUAAAGUAAUGAUCAAAAAGGCUUAAGCUCUAUUGGCAGCAUAUAUUUGACUACCUUAGUUUCUACAUUAAUGCACUGAGAGUAUGGUCUAUGGAGCAUUCCAGAGGGUUUAAGCUCUAAAUAAAUCACUAAUUUGAAAGCUCCAGGUAAAAUAAUAGACUAGGAGCCACUGGCUUCUAAAGUUUUUUUGUCUUUUUUGGCCAACAAAUUAUGAAAUUGUGGUAACACUAGUAUAGGGAGCAAUUCUUGCUAUUAACUAGUUUCUUAUUACCAUGCCUAUUAUUAACAUUUUGCCUUU